GCCCAUCUCACUCAUCCUCCAGCGACCAGGCCACGAGCCAGUCGCCGAGCGCAUCCUAGGCUUUCUCGGCGACGACUGGCGAAGCAUACUCGCCGCGGGCAGCACCUGCAGGCAGCUCAAUGAUGUCGUCACUCACAGCCCCCGACUGCAGGGAGUCCUUCGCCGCGGGUAGUAUCAGCAUCGCGGGCGCGCUUCACCUGCUCCAGCAACCAAUGCGGCGAUUGGGCGCAUGAUCGACAUUGAGCGCAGGUGGGACGCGCUCGAGCCGAAACGCGUACACGUCAUCACGGAGGAGCUCGAUGAUGACCCCUACGAGUACGGCAAGUUUGCCGUCAGCGAUGGGGUCCUUGUCGUCCAGCAGUCGCGAGGUUGGAGCGUCUACGACCUGAGCAACACGCGCGAUGUAGAGCCCGGCGCCCUGCAGCCAGUCCACCGGGUCGACCUCGAGUUCACCGUUGACCACAUCGCCGUCUCCCGGGCACACAACCUUCUAGCCGCACUAGAGGUUGACCGAGGGACGGAGCCGCCGAGGAUAUGGGAGACCGACGAGAGUGGUAACUACCACUCUCGUCAUCUCUGCUACACCCGCGUCCACAGAGUCCACCUGUUUGAGCUCUUCACGCAGGGUCGCGAUCACCCUCAAGCCUUGAAGCCGGUCAUCGACAUCAAGGCCAUGGUCCAUGACCACGAAAUCUACCGCCAUCGUCAGGUUUCGGGCAUUGGCCUUGGUAACCACAUCACGAUCGCAGGUGACAAUAUUAUGAUAGCGUGCGAGAGACAUGGCCCCAGCCCGCAGUUGAUCAACUGGCGAACGGGCGCAGUUGUCAUGCAGCCGAGCAGUGAGCCCAAAGGCAUGCGGACCGAGCGCUACCUCGCUGUUGCCGAUGAUACCGUCCUGGCGUGCGGUAGCACGUUCGCUGACUACGACAGCACCAUCGACACUCAUGGCCCUUGGAACUCUGGCCUUGCGUUCUUGGGACUUGAGGGCGCCGAGCUCACCUUCGAAGGCACCCCUAUCAUGGAGCGACAGCGAUGGAUCAACCUGUUCGGCGAGGGGUAGAGCUUCACGAGGAAAUCAAGGUCGCAGCAAAGGUGCAGGGGAUACGUGAUACAUCCCGCGACGAGGUGAUUGCAGACGACGACCUGGUGGAUGGGCAGAUCACACCCCGCUACAACCCCAUCGGGAACGAGGACGCAUCACUCGCUGUCAUUGACGUUGGACUUUGGCGGGGCGACCUCGCCAACUUUGACUCUCGACUCGUUGCCAAGCUGGAAAGACUGCGCGCCGUUCUCGGGCCGCGAGGGGAAGACGUCGACCUACACAAUGACUGCCAGGGAUUGGUAGACUGGCGCACGGUCGAGCACGCACUGGAUGUCAUGCCCCCGUGUGUGUCAGGCUACCGUGUGGCUCAAGUCGACAGCUGAAUCCCGCCCGGCCACAACGUCAACUGGGACAGUAUCCGUCUGCCACUCCAAGCUCGAGUACGGGUCUCAAACUACGCCCCGCGGGAUGUGCAUCCUGGGUCUUUGGGGUCGCGCUUCGCGCAGGCCGCCGAGAUUGCCGCUCAGUUGGAAGCCGCCGAGGGCAUACCUGAAUUCAUGCGGUGGCUGGGACCGUCGCGUGAAGGCGACCACUUGUCCGACUGCGACGGCCAGUGGCCCACGAGUCCCACACAUGUCCGCCGAGACAAGCCGCCGCUCGUGCUCCCCCGGACUGAUACCGAGCGCAAUGUCGACUUCGCACGCCCCGUAGCCCACGCCAAGUCGGACACUGAGCAUUUGUACAUACGAUUCGACGACGCAGAUUCUGGAC